GUGGGGCGCGCCGAGCCGGGAGCUGCGAGCCGAGCCUAGCGCCCGGCUAGGGCCGGGGCUGGAGCGCAGCGGAAAGGGAGUGCGCCCUUCCCAGCCCGAGUCCCUCCGCCGCGGUGCCCCACGCCAUGGAGCCGGAUAACAGCCCACGGAAGAUCCAGUUCACCGUGCCGCUGCUGGAGCCACACCUGGACCCCGAGGCGGCCGAACAGAUUCGGAGGCGCCGCCCCACCCCUGCCACACUUGUGCUGACCAGUGACCAGUCAUCCCCAGAGAUAGAUGAAGACAGGAUUCCCAACACACUUCUCAAGUCCACUUUGUCAAUGUCUCCACGGCAACGGAAGAAGAUGACAAGGACCACACCGACCAUGAAAGAGCUCCAGACAAUGGUUGAGCAUCACCUAGGGCAACAGAAGCAAGGAGAGGAACCUGAGGAAGCUGCUGAGAGCACAGGGACCCAGGAGUCCUGCCCACUUGAGAUCCCAGACACAGACUCAGCGUCAAGGCCGGGUCCUCCUGGGAUAGCACAAAAGCCUGCAGCAUCCACCCCCAAGAUUCAAGAGCAGUGUGGUGUGCAGCCCAGCACAAAGGACCCUUCAGCCCCCUUGGCACCAAUGGAUUCCCAGGGAGCCAGCUUGGUCUGAAAGGAGUUGGCAUCCCGGGAUCACCACUGCAGUAUGGAAACUCAUGGACACUGGAUGUUCCUUAAUCUUGUUUUUAAAACUGAUAAAUGUGGUGUUGGGUCA